AGUUAGUUUAUUUUGAAAUCCAACGCACCAUACUAUCAUCACCCGUCACCUUCUCUAUCUCUUGCACACCAAAGACCACUCUUUCCUUUAUAUAUAUAUAAUAUAUAUAGCUUUGGGCAUUUUUCUCGCUAUCUUUCUUAAUUGAGACGGGUGGAAUUGGAGGAAGAGGCGGAAAAGGUAAUCGGAGAUAGGGGAAUCCGUUCCUUCUUUCCUACAAGGAAAGGGAAUAGAGGCCUGGGGGCGAGUAUAUAUGAGGAGCCUCUCUGUUGUUCUUUCGAUGCCGGCCCCCAGAUCUUACUGAUAGAGAUCGCGCGCGAGCGAGAGAGAGAGCGAGCAUCCCCUCUCGAGCUCUCGAUUCCGAAGCGUCUCAGAUCGACUAAAGGAUGGAGUCGGACAAUGGCAAACUUUUCAUCGGAGGGAUUUCGUGGGACACCAACGAAGACCGCCUCCGGGAGUACUUCAAGAGUUUUGGGGAGGUAGUGGAGGCCGUCAUCAUGAAGGACCGGAUCACCGGCCGUGCGCGUGGAUUCGGGUUCGUUGUGUUUGCAGACCCUGCCGUUGCGGAGAGAGUUGUCUUGGAGAAACACUUGAUUGAUGGCCGGAUGGUGGAGGCAAAAAAAGCUGUUCCAAGGGAAGACCAACACAUGCUGCACAGGAACAGCAGUAGUGCCCAUGGUUCUCCGGUUCCUGGUCGCACCAAAAAAAUUUUUGUCGGAGGCCUGGCAUCCACUGUAACGGAGGCUGACUUCAAGAAGUACUUUGAGCAGUUUGGGACUAUCACUGAUGUUGUUGUGAUGUAUGAUCACAACACACAAAGGCCGAGGGGCUUUGGAUUCAUCACUUUUGCUUCAGAGGAUUCUGCAGAUAAGGUGCUGCUUAAAACCUUUCAUGAGCUUAAUGGUAAGAUGGUUGAAGUUAAGAAGGCUGUUCCUAAAGAACUGUCCCCAGGGCCAAGCAUGCGCUCACCUGUUGGGGGAUAUAACUAUGGCUUGAGCAGGGUCAGUAGCCUUCUCAAUGCAUACACGCAGGGUUACAAUCCAAGCACCAUAGGAGGCUACGGAUUAAGGAUGGAUGGUAGAUUUGGGGCACUAGCUGGUGGGCGUAAUGGGUUCUCUUCAUUUGGUACUGGCUAUGGAAUUGGAAUGAACUUUGAGCCAGGGAUGAGCCCCAACUUUGGUGGAAGCUCAAAUUUCAAUAAUAGCAUCAGUUAUGGACGUGCAUUGAGCCCUUAUUAUAGUGGGAAUAUGAGUAGAUACACUAACCCUAUUGGGUAUGGUGGGGGUAAUGUUAGUACUAGGUCAGUUUUCAGUUCAGUGACUCGUAACGCUUGGGGUAGCAGUGGCGUUAAUUAUGCUACCAACUCUGCAAGUUCUAAUGCCUUAAUGGCAUCUGGAAAUGGGAGCCUUGGUGCAUUUGGUAAUAGCAAUCUGAGUUGGGGUGGUUCCUCUUCUUCUAUUUUGGCUCAUGGUGUGGGCAGUGGUUUGGGCUAUGCUAGAACGUGUCUGGAUUAUGGAACUGGGGACAGUGGCUUUGAUUCCAGCACUUAUGGAAUUGUCGCUGGGACCAGUUCUAUUAAUUCCUCCUUUACUGCAUCGAGCAAUGGAUAUGAAGCAAACUAUGCAGAUUCAUAUGGUAAUAGUUCAAUAUAUGGAGACACAACUUGGAGAUCUAUACCCUCGGACCUUGAUGGGUCCAGUCCAUUCGGUUAUGGGCUUGGCAAUGCAGCUUCGGAUGUCACUGCCAAGGAUUCAGCAGCUUAUAUGGGUGGUCAUAGUGUUACCAAUAGACAAACAAAUAGAGGAAUUGCUGCCUAGGAAGAUUAUUCUUUCUAUACGAGAGUUUAUAAUAGGUGAAAAAUCCAGUGAAUCAGGCGCUUGACUGUGAAUUUCAGAUGUUCUAUAAAAUAUAUGGGUUAGUUAAUUAUUAGAGCUAACCAGAGAGUUGGUUUCAGAAAUUUAAAUUCAGCAGAAUUCAAAUAUAUAGGAUUUUGUGUAAGGUUUGAGAUUUGAGUUUCGUUUCUACAUUGAGUUUAGGUUUUGAAUUUUGGGUUUUGAUUGAGAUGUAAAAUCAGAUUGCGGGAUAUGUUCAGAAGUGUUUUGAUAUGCUGGCGCCAUACAGAUUUCUACUAUUUUUUUCAAGGGAAAAACUUCUUCAAUAUCUGGCAGUGUGAUAGCUAUCGCCAAGUAUGUGCUUUUUUUUAAAUUAAACUUUUACUGAAGAUGUACCAGAAACUGGUUGAUUUACUAGUGUGAAACUUUCAGGGAUACUUUUUGUGGGUCCCUAAGAAUAAGGCUACCAAUUAUUCUGAUUCA